AUGUGCGAAUUCCUGUCGCUAUCGGUCCUUCAGAUACUCUCGGUGCUCUCGUUCUUCACCUCUAUCCUCGCCGUGCUGCACGUCGGUACUGGGUCUCUGCAUCGGUUGUCGAAUAAGUUCGACACAGAGAGUGCGCCAUCCCAAAUUCACUUAAACGUGGGCAAGCAACAACCGUGGCACUGGAGUUCUCUCCCAGCGUCCCUCUCACUGGCUUCACUCCUUGGCGACGAGUCGAAGGAUCAGAUGCUAGAGAAGGGGAGUUCUAACCCAUUGGACUUGCAGCAGCCGCCAUUAUCGAUGGCCAAGAUCAUCAUGUCCCGUCAUGUCAUCACACCGGAAGCCGCUUCGUCUCCCUCGCCGCGCACCGGGGAUGACUCGGUCGACGUCUUCGUCACGACUCGUUGA